AUGGGAGCAGGACAGAACCAAGCGAGUAGGGAAGGAAGAGGCAAAAUAAGUGGGAGUGGAAUAUACGUGAUGGAUGAAUUGGGCGUGGAGGGGUUUCCCCGUGAGCAGCAGACGCUGCCCAACCACUUCUACUUCACGGACUUCGAGCGGCACACCGCCGAAAUCGCAGCCUUCCAUCUCGAUAGCGUGCUGCUCGGCUGGGUGGAAAUGGGAAGAAGCGAAGUGGCAAAUGACCCGCUCCCCCCACCCCCACGUCGCCGACGCUGCUCCUCCCUGCGCUAUGAUUCCCGAUGA